GUUGUAGUUCUGACAUGCCGGAGUCUUUAGGAAACAUUACCCCUCACUUGUUAUUCAACAACACAGCAGCCCUUCUGUGCACAUCAUCAUCAUGUCACCACAUGAGGUCACUGAAGGUUAUUAAUAACACCAGCAAGGAAGCAGGAAAUAAAUUGCAGUUAGAAGACGAGACAACUGAGAACACACGUUGUGUUUCUGUCACUUGGUCUGUUGAUGAUGCUGCUGCGACUUCUGUGCUUCCUUCACAUCGUGAUCUCAGCUCUUGAGGCACAAGAAGUCAAAGUCUCGCCUGAAGUGACGGGAGUCGUCGGGCAUGAUGUCACCCUGCCAUGCCAGUACAUCCCAAGAUCAUUUAGAGAGCGUAUUUAUCGUGUUCAGUGGACGCUCAAGUCACCAGGAGGAGAGGACAUCGACAUUAUUGAUAACCGUGAAUCAGUUCGUGUUCAGGAUUCCUUUCUGAAGGGGAGGGUGGAGAUUGUAGAACAAUCUUUGAUCAUUCGAGAUGUGAAAAAGAACGAUUCAGGGUCGUACACCUGCACCGUUACAGCCUUUCUCACUGGCUCCUCUUCAGGAACCACCGACCUCGUUGUUCAAGGGCUGCUGUGCAUCGAAGAAGUCAGCCCGGUGUACCCAAAAAUCAUAAUUGGUGGAGUAUUCGUGCUGAUAGUGGGGACCAUGCUGACCACAACUCACUGCAUCAUCAGGAAAAGAUACAGACGCUGCAGCGGCGUGUGAUUGAAGGAGACAAGGUGAACUUGGAGAUGGUUCUCAGGCCACAUCUUUAAAUUGCAUUUAUUUAAACAAAUCAACUUGAUGCGAACAACAGAGCACUGAAGCCUCAUCCUCCAAACACAGGUCUGAGCGGAGCCAAUGACAAACACGGAGCGUGCACAACAGGUCAUGUGCUUCUGACCUUUACCAGCUCUGAGCUGCGUUUACCAUCACGUUGGUCACAUUUAGCAAAGUAAUCGCGUAACUGCUGCUCAAAAGUAUAAGUUUAGUGUCGUCAACAAAUCAAAGUUUUAGCAAACAUUACUGUUUAUUUAGGAGCAAACGCUGCAUUUGUUGUGGAUUAAUACACGAUGGCGAGUAUUUACAGCAGCGGCGUUCAUCAUCAUGAGGGAACAUGUCGCCAUUUAUUCAAUGUUGGGUUUUCUCAUGUCUAGAAGAAGUAGAAAUGUUUUUUCGAGUGGUUCAAAAACAGGAAAUGGACAAUAAGAAUCAUGUAGUUCCUGUUUCUCAACUAUUAAAGAGAAGAAAGACGAACAAAGAGAAAAGUACAAAAAGAAACUCAUUUUACAUUUCUGUUGUGAUUCUUGUCCACUAAAGUUGACGAAGAGGUUUACGUCUCUUCCUCUUCCUCUUCCUCUCACAGAUUGAUGGUUAGAGACGGUAGAUCACAGGACUUGGAGUAAUUUUAGAUUGUGGUAUGACCAUUGUUACUUCUGUAAAAGGAUCCGAGUACUUUCCCCGCCACCUCAUUUUGUGGAUGUGAGAUUUGACAUAAAAACCUAAAAAUAACUUUUGGUUUUUAACACUUAAAGCACUAAAACACAGAAUUAAAAACAAGAACAUUAUUCUAAAAUAAUGCAUUAAACAAAGAAGCAGAGCGGGCCUACCUGUCAUGGAGGGACAGCUCACUGAUUUAUUGACUAAAGCUUCCGGGCUGCAGGUGACAGGUAAAGACUCCAGAGGCAGGGAAGUGAAAGCAUGAAGCACCAGUAACAAACUGGCAACUGACUGGGAAGGGGGGGGGGGGGGGGUAGCUGAUUAAGUGGAAACAGGUGAGCAGGUGAAUGAGUCAGGUGAUGGGGAAGGUCUGAGGGCCUCUGGUGGACAGGUAGAGGACGGCAGGUCUGAGGAGUUAGAGGAGAGGACACGGCAAAAAAAAAAAGGAAAAACCUUCAAAAUAAAAGAUAAAAUAAAAAUUCAUAAUGCAGGAUAUAAAAGACACAUUAAUUAAAUCUAUAAAUUGGACUAAUAUAAACCUCGACCUGUCAGGUGUACCUUCUCUCACUCUUCAGCUCCUUAACAACCUUACAGCCUCAUUCUGUAGUCGUCUGUUUGCUGCGUUAUUUUAUUUUGAAAUUCACUGAUAAAGACAUUUGAUUAUAAUCACCAUCUGUGCUGUCAGGACACAUGCGAACGACUUUUGUAUUUUGUAUGUGCAAAAAUACCAACAUAAGGGCCUAACUAAAUGUAUAACUUACUGUGCCGUUACAUCUGUUUACUAAAGAAAUUAAAUGUUUGUUUACAAUUAGUGUAAUACUUUUGAGAUAAAUACUGUUUAUUUAUCAAUGUGCUUUGAGAUCUACAGAAACAGCACAGAUCUGUAAACUGUCUCAACUUUGCUUUAAACCAGAACUUGUUAUUGCUUAAUAAUAAAGUUCACACUUUACCAAA